UUGCACCGUGACACCAGGGAGGACGAUUACAAAAGUAGGAAGAGAGCUUGAGCGGCGUGAUCUGUCUGCUUAGAAACAGAGUUUAAAGUGAUUAUAACGCGUUUUUCAAAGCCAUAUGGUGCGAUAAUCACCUGCAUCGAUUGCGGAUCGUAGGAGAAAUAUUGAAACCAUCGCCGGUUAAUUUAUUGACCAAGGUCACAGCGGGUGUUUGGAUGAAGGGCUCAGUUUUAAGGUGAUUUAAUGUUAGAUAAAUCCCGGUGAUUUUAUAUUUAAUAAACCCAGAGAGCAGAAGGAUGGCCGGGCUGAUCAACUUUGAGGACGAGAAGGAGGUGAAGCAGUUUCUGGAUAAUCUGGGGGUGGAGUACAGCUUCCAGUGUUACAAAGAGAGGGACCCUGAAGGCUGUCAGAGACUUGCUGACUACCUUGAAGGUGUGAAGAAGAAUUACGAGUCUGCUGCUCAGGUGCUGAAACACAACUGUGAGAAUAACGGACACGGAGAGAGCUGCUAUAAACUGGGAGCAUACCACAUCACCGGCAAAGGUGGAGUGGCAGAGUGUCUGAAAACGGCGUACUCAUGUUUUAUACGAUCCUGCAAAGCCGGAGGGAAGAAGUCUGUAGAUGCCUGUCACAAUGUGGGUUUGUUAGCUCAUGACGGUCGGGCGUUGGAGGGAGAACCUGACCUCUCAGCCGCCCGAGAAUACUAUGAGAAAGCUUGUGCCGGAGGUUUUGCCCCUUCCUGCUUUAACCUCAGCGCCCUGUACAUCGAAGGAAACUCCAAAGGCCUGAAACCGGACAUGACCAAGGCUCUGCUCUACGCUAACAGAGCCUGUGAGCUGGGACACGUGUGGGGCUGUGCCAACGCCAGCCGCAUGUACAGACUGGGAGACGGAACAGAGAGAGACGAGAAGAGAGCGGAGGAGCUGAAGAACCGAGCCAAAGAGCUGCACGGGUUAGAGAAGGAGAGGCAGCUCAAGUUUGGAGAAUGAACUGGAUUAGGAUUAAAUCAGCAGCAAGAGCUCGAUUAGAGAAAGGUUUAAACUGGAUUAAAAUGAUCCAGAUUCUGUUUGCUGUUUUGUCCACCAAGGAUCUAAUAAUCAAAUUCACUUUUUCCUUUUUAGUCAAAGAAAAACUGGAUCCUAAUAAACAUCAGGGGAUCUGAUUCAGUUUUUCUUUGGUAAACUGAGCUGCAUUACCUGAUCCCUGAAAGGAAAAGUUGAUUACCAAAUCAUGAUCAUUUUUAACAGGAUAAAAUCUUGGGAAGAUUCAAGCCAGGAUUAGAUUACCUGAUCUAAUCUCUUACAGCCAGGAUUCAAGAUGUUCAUAUGUGUGUAUGUGGUUAUGUAAAUAAAUAAAAAAAAAUAUUUCAGGGUUCAAAUGUAGGAUUUAUUAUUUUUCAGUCUGUUGUUGAAAGGGAAAUGUAAUGUAUGCCUAUUUUCAAAAGUACAUCAUCACUCAGUGUCUGAAAGUCAAAGGGGUUAAUGCAGGGGUGUCAAACUCAUAUUGAGUCUAGAUUUGCUCCAAUGAGAGGGCGGACUAGUUAGGCCAGCAGUGUCAAAGUCAAUCACGGAUUCUGAAUUUAGGCCUAACCUAAAGAGCCUAAGAAAGUCAACAUUUAGCCAUAAACUGUCAACCUCAUUUUCACAGGAAGUAAAAUAUGCAAAUAAUGAAUAAUGAAUCAUUAUGAGAUGGAAAAAAGUCGAAAUGAUAAGCUAAACCCUUCAGCUACUGAGUCUAAAAAUGGCGAUUUGGACAUAUUUUGUUAUU